CCGACGAAUGCAAAUCAAUUUCUAGUGGAACCUGGUCUGGUCGGAUACCUACUUGAGUCCCUGAUUUUACGAAUUCCAAUAAGUAGAGUCGUAUUCAACGUCUUAGCCUAAUUAUCCCAGCAGCUUCCAGCUCCACGGCGCUGCACUAGCGUAAGCCGAUCCCACCAUCCAUCCAUCCUCUGCCCAUCACCAUCGCCGGUUGGCUUGCGCCACCAAGGCGAAAGCGAGGGCAAGUCCGAGCUCCUUUAGGAGGAUCCUUUAUAAACGACGCCCAGUCAGAUUUCAAAAAUUUGUUUUCUCCUUCCCUCCCAACCGCCAAGCCCCCUUUCACCCUCAACCAAGACAUAAAGGGAAAACGAAAAAAGAAAAAACGAAAAGCAAUCACCAGCAAACCACUAAAAUGCACGCCCUCCUUUCAACCUCCCUCCUCCUCCUCCUCCUCCUCCUCCUCAGAGUAACCAUCUCCCAAACACCACCACCAACCCGCAUCCCACUAGCCUGUCUCCCCAACGGCACCCCCCCUCCAACCGCAUUCACCAGCACCUACGCAUUCACAUUCAAACGCGGGCUCAACUUCGACUUCGUCGCCGCCCAACCCAGAGCCGCCGCGCAGGUAUGCGACUUCGCCGGGCCGAUGAUCGGCCACGCGCUGGGCGGCGUGCCCGGAACAGCAGCGACGCUUAUCACGCCCAACGAGGCCACGCUCGGCGCGCUCGGCUAUGUUGCGUCGACGGUCCUGGUUGCCGCGCCCGCGGGGAUGGCUGGCGUGCUUAAUGCGCUGCUGGCGAAUGGCACGUCGGAGCUGUAUACCAAUCCUGAGGAUAUCCUCGUCGCAGCGGUCCUUGAGGCCGUCGAUGCCCCGCUCGUCGCGGUUCAGCGCGGCGCCGUGGUCGUCGAUCCUAUCGCCCUGGCCAUCGACGGCGCCCACGACAACCUGGAGGGCGCGCUCGAGCCUGUCGAUGGCGUCCUGCAUCCUGUCGCGGUCGGCGGCGAGGGCGGCGAUGCCGCCGACAAGAUGCCUCCCUCGACCGUUAAUGCCGCGACCCUCCACACGGGCGAAAAGCGAGCUUUGGCCCUCAUGCAGAGGCCAUCGCAAAUUGCAACGCAGUACGAGGAAUUGAUCCGGCAAGACGAGAAAGAGCUGGCGAAUUAA